AAUUGCACAUUUAUUAAAAAGCUGUUUUUGCUUUUUUCUGUUCUUGUCAUUCUGGGGUACUGUGAGAAGAUCUUUUAGAAAUGUUUUAAUUGAUUUUAAAAUAGGUGGAAAGAAAACUAAAGAAAUAUGAAUACUUUGUGGUGGCACUGUAUGAGAUAUUGAGAUCUUCAGUCAUGGUAUGAUGUUUUGAUUAGUUUAGAAUUUCCAUCAGGGGAAACAAUUUUAAAAACUACUGGAACAAAAAUAAAAGAUUAUAACCCACAGUAAGUGAAUAAAAAAUGGAUUGAGGUAAUCAUUCCAGUUUUUAGCCCAGGCCGUUCCUGAAAACAAUAAGUCAAAAAUAGGGAAAUGUGUCCAUACCUUUGUGGACCUUCCUAACCUUGUGUAGCUGUUCACAAGGUUGGGAAUCCUGCAGCAUAUCCCACAAAUAGACGCAAGAAACGCCCAAGUUAAUUACUUGGGCAUUUCUUGCGUCUAUUAGUUUGUAAUAGGAUUUAAUUCUUUGUAAUAGGACACUUGGCUCAGAUAAAAGUGCUUGUGCACACUUCACAGGCCACUUCAUUCCGCAUUUAUCCCAUAAAGGUCUUUCAUGGAGCAGCUUCCAUAUGAGUAAACAAUCUUGCUAACACAUGCGACGAAUACAUGCUCAUAGUUCAUACUCAGACACUAUUUAACUUUCAAACAAACUUUCACACUCAGCCACUGCUUUGUUCCUCUUUACAUUUUGGGCUGUUUCUGCUCCUGGAGCUGCUUCUCACAGCAGCUCACUUUACCACUGGUAAGGUUAGUUGGCUAAAUAUAUGUGUGACCUCUUUCCACAGGACAUGUUAGAAAAGCACCUAGUAUCUCUGAAGAAGCAAAGGGACGCUGUGAAACAUAGACUCAAGAAACUUGCAGCCCGUCAGUCAGAAAUCACAAAAACGUCUACAGCGAUAAAAGAGAAUGUAGUGAGGAAAUAUCAAGAGAUGCAGACUGUCCUGGAGGAGGACUUGCGGAUUACCUUGUCUCACCUGGAGAUGGAGGAGAGGGCUGCUGUCUCCGCCUUGGAUGGGCUCAUGGAGAGAAACUGUGCGCUAAUCCAGGAAUUAGAGCAGGACUUGGCCAGACUCUCGUUAGCUCUGGAGCAAAGUGACGCAGAGCCUGAUACAAUGUCACUCUUUUCACAUUGUGAGCUGGACAACAAAGAGACAGCAGAUAGAGUGUUGGAUGUCCUAAACCAAUUAGAUCCCAACAGUGUUAGUCUUGAUGAAGCUAAAGCUAACCAGAUCCUCAGCCUCACCAACAGCAUGCUGCAUCUCGUCUGCUCACAGACCCCUCUAAUGAAGAAGCUACUGAAAAGCUAUUCCAGUGAGGUGCACCUGGAUCCAGAGACAGCCCACCCGAAGUUGAUCAUCUCCCCCAAAAGUGACAGUGUCUCCUACACAGACACAUGUCAGAACCUCCCUGAUCAACCAGGGAGGUUCGACAUCACCCUCAACGUCAUCAGCAUGCAGGGCUUCAGCUUUGGUCGCCAUUACUGGGAGAUUGAUGUGACUGGGAAGACAUACUGGGAGCUUGGUGUUACCUACCCCUCCUUUCCCCGCAAAGGCACGUCUGAGGACUGUUGGCUGGGCCGAGGAGACGGGUCUUGGUGCGUGGAGUUCUUUGACGGGGAAUACACAGCCUGGCAUGGAGGGGUGCCUCACCAGCUGCCUUUCACUAGACAUUUCUGUCGAAUUGGUAUUUGGUGCAGCUUUCCUGCAGGGCUGGUGACAUUUAUUGAGGCGGAUAACAUGAUGCCGCUGUUCUCAUUUUGUGCUGGAACCUUCUCAGAGUGCCUCCACCUGGCCCUAUGUCCUGGUCAUGACCACAAUGGCACUAAUUCAAGUCCUAUUGUAAUCUGUAAUGCAUCAUCUCCCACAAGUGACCUGUAGCGGCAUAACAAUCUUUGCAAUGAUACACAAAUUGCAAAAACUUCUUAAUUUUCAAAAUACAUAUGUUUGUCACAUGUUCACAAUGACUUUUAAAUCUAGAUUCAAAUUAUGUAUACCCAGAAACACAACUUGUAAGACUGGCACAAGAUUGUUCAGGGCUCAGAAUGGGAUUAUGAUCCCACUUCCAUUUAAGCUCACUAGUCACGAUGGCACCAAUAAUGUCUCUUUUAAACUGUGCAACCAUAACUGUUUUUAUGUGUUGUGAAUUUAAGGCCUCCAUGGCUAACUUGUAAGGCAACAAUUAAAUGGAUGAUAGCACAGAAUGUGUUUUGCUUGUCCCUCACAUUAUACACAUAACAUCUGUUUAUUAGAUACAUAGUAACAUGUACUCUAUGGAAAUGAAUUUAUUUAUCUAGUUUGCUCAUUUGAUUGAUGUUUGUGAAGUCAGAAAUCCUCAAUAGACAUGCCACUGUAAACAGCAUUUUCAAGUUUUGUCUAGAGGAAUAGCAUCCCAACAUCAUGAUGCUGACUACUUCAUGUUUCACUAUAGGAAUGGUGAGUUCAGUGUGAUGUGGAGUGAUAGUUUUCCUCUUCAAGUUCAGUUUUGGUCAGACAACCUUUUUCCAUUUGUUCCCUGCACGGUUUGUGCCUAAAUGCAAAUGUAUGGGUUUCU